UCUUCCUGUAGUAACACUGGAUCAAUAAGAGAUGAUCCUUACUGGACCUCUAGGAAGAACAGUUUAGAACUGAUAGAGCCAUCCAGCAUAAAUAAAGUUAGUUUAGUUUAUGUUUCCUCCUGUAGUAACACUGGAUCAAUAAGAGAUGAUCCUUACUGGACCUCUAGGGAGAACAGUUUAGAACUGAUAGAGCUAUCCAGUAUAAAUAUACUUUAGUUUAGUUUAGUUUAGGUUUCCUCCUGUAGUAACACUGGAUCAAUAAGAGAUAAUCCCUACUGGACCUCUAUAGGAAGAACAGUUUAGUAGUUUAGGUUUCCUCCUGUAGUAACACUGGAUCAAUAAGAGAUGACUCUUACUGGACCUCUAGGAAGAACAAUUAAGAAUUGAUAGAGUUAUCCAGUAUGAAUAAAGUUUGUUUAGUUUAGGUUGCCUCCUGUAGUAACACUGGAUCAAUAAGAGAUGAUCCUUACUGGACCUCUAGGGACAACAGUGCCUUGAUAAAUUUCAACCCUGUUCUCUUCACAGAAUCGAUUCUCAGCAUUAAGUCAUCAGCCGGAUCCAGAACCUCCCAGUUUCCAUGAAAACAGAUCACAGCAAUCUCGAGAUCGGGCACAUUCCACAACCAGCCAGCAUUCUGUAACACUGGAUCAGAAAGUGUAUGUCGUGAUAACAUGUACUAAACUUACAGAGAGAUGAUUAAAAUCGAGUAAACACUUUUCAAAAUGUUUACCAUUUGGGGAGUUAUUGUCGAUUACAAACCACUUUUCAACGCGCGGGUCCCAAGUUCGUUGCAAACUUGCCAAUUACGUUUCCAAGUUCGAAAAUUGGGCGUGAACUUCACGACAAAGUUCGCAAGUAUAUUUCAAUGUUCAUAGUUCAAGUUGAAAUUAACAAUUCAACGGAAAGUCAUUGGUCUACCAAGAAGGUUUUUAUUUCAUUGAAUUGGUUAUUAUUAUUGAGUAUGAACAUUUGUUUACAAACGAAGUUCAAACAUUGAAAUGCAUUUAAUUGCGAACUUUGCGUCCAUGCAAUUUCCGAACUUGCGGAAACGUAGUUGGCAAACCUAGUUGGUAAACGUAGUUCGCAACGAACUUGGGACCCGCGCGCGUUGUAAAAGUGAUUUGAAAUCGACAAUAAUACUGUAUUGUAUCUAGUGUAACUACAGUUCUAUAUAUAGUUAAAAAUUCUGCAUUUAUGUUUUUUCAGUGACAGAGUGAGAAAAGACAUGAGCGAAUGGCAUGAAAGUGGGCAAUGGCCAUUGUCUUGUUACGCUCCGUUUGUAAAUGAGCCGUGUUUUGAUGGUAUGAAACCUUUCAAGAGGUUUAAAACAGCUUUGAAAUAUUUUAAAAGGUCCGGUAGUUAUUAGAAAUUAAAAUUGUAUUUUUAAAUUGUAUUUUUCCUUCGAGGUCUCAUGGAUGUGUCGCCGGAAGAGAUGAGAAGCGAAGCAUACAAGGCGAAUAGCGGUGGAAAUGCUGCCAAAUAUGUGAGUCAAAGGCAACGUAUUUUUUAUAGCAACUUGAUUUUGGAGAAACGUGCUUCUGAGUUUUCUAACUCUCGUGGUUAAACGAGAACAAGAGUUGCAUGAGAGUUGAGAAGCGAGAGUUUACAUCAGAGUUUUCUCAACUCUCAUGCCCCGGUCAAACGAGAACGAGAGUUGCAUGAGAGCUGAGAAGCGAGAGUUUACAUCAGAGUUUUCUCAACUCUCAUGCCCUGGUCAAACGAGAACAAGAGUUACAUGGGAGAUGACUGGAUAUUGCCGCUCUCGUAGCGAAAAUUCUCAUCAGCUAUCGUAUUAUUUUAUCACAUUUAGCCAUGCAAGUUUAAUUUUUCUUUUUUUAAUUAAGGCGCAAUCUCUUCAGCAAACUAUGUUAAAAUACAGACGUAGAAAAGAAGAAUUAGCAACUAUGUCGUCUUCACAAUUGGUUGGUAUAAACUGCGCAUCUUAUCUUUGAAACCAGAGUUUAGUGGCGGUGGUCUGAUUAUAAUUUCACCUCAGUCACAUGUGAGAUGAGUGUUUCCAGUUUGCUUCCUGGAUCUAUAAGAGAUGACCAUUACUGGAUGUCUAUAGGGAAAACAGUUAAGAACUGAUAGAGCUAUCCAGUAUGAAUAAAGUUAGUUUAGUUUUGGUUUCCUCCUGUAGUAACACUGGAUCAAUAAGAGAUGAUUCUUACUGGACCUCUAGGAAGAACAGUUAAGAACUGAUAGAGCUAUCCAGUAUGAAUAAAGUUAGUUUAGUUUAGGUUUCCUCCUGUAGUAACACUGGAUCAAUAAGAGAUUAUCCUUACUAGACCUCUAGAGAGAACAAUUUAGAACUGAUACAGCUGGAUAGCUAUCCAGUAUAAAUAAAGUUAGUUUAGUUAGGUUUCCUCCUGUAGUAACACUGGAUCAAUAAGAGAUUAUCCUUACUGGACCUCUAGGAAGAACAAUUUAGAACCGAUACAGCUGGAUAGCUAUCCAGUAUAAAUAAAGUUAGUUUAGUUAGGUUUCCUCCUGUAGUAACACUGGAUCAAUAAGAGAUGAUCCUUACUGGACCUCCAGGGAGAACAGUUUAGAACCGAUAGAGCUAUCCAGUAUAGAUAAUGUUAGUUUAGGUUUCCUCCUGUAGUAACAUUGGAUCAAUACGAAAUAACCCUUACAGGAAUCACAGGAUCUCUAGGGAGAACCGUUUACAACUGAUAGAGUCGCGUUCUCGGAAUUAUUUUGAAAAGAUAAGUAUGAAAAACAUGUUUACCUAUUAUAUUUAGCAAGACGAGAUAUCAAGGUCAUCUCAGCCGAGCAGUACGGUGCCUGGUGGGUUAUUUGGUAACCUAGCCUCCUCUCCUCAGUCCCUUGGCGAGACUUCCUUAUUUGGUGAGAGUAGUGUGAGUAUGGCUACGUCAUCAACUGGAUUGCUUGGAUCCAGUCUACAAAGGUACGUUGGAGUUGGGAGUUUGAACAUACAGUAGGAGGAAGACUACUACAUAUAAUGAAAGGAAUUAACCUUAUAUUUUCUCACUCUGAUAACUGCUGGUUGAUCAACAUAUAUUAACAAUCUUUCUAAAUUGUUUAAUUUCAGCAUGCAUACAUCAGGACCGUUUACAUCAGGACCAUUUACAUCCUCCAAUCCCACCACAACCCCAUCUACCUUUUUUGGUUCCUCACCGAGUGCUUUUGGAUCCACACAAGUCAAUAAUACCCCCUCAAGUACAUCAAUGUUCAGCGAAGACAAUUCCUCUGGUGCCCAGACCUCGACUGAUGGCGCUCGGUCAACUACAAUGACGUCAUUACGAUGCAGUGAGGAGGACUUGAAGGCAUUUAGGGCGGCGCAUUUUGUACUGGGUGCCGUACCUGAAUGCCCGCCUCCAAUAGAACUUUGUUGAGUCAUCUCUAUAUGAUAACUGUAUAUAUAUAUAUUUCUGAAUAAACGUAUGAAAAUCAU